AUGAGCAUAGAGCAGCAGGGCGCUAUCUCGCGUCCUGAAACCAGCGCGGGUGCACGAGCCUCGUUAAAGAUGCUGGGAAUCUGGUUGGACGAAACCCAAAUUCUUGGGAUCAGCCGCGCGACGGAAAAGCGGAAACCAGUGAUUGGUGUGAUCAGCAUGGUCACUUCCAAACAUCUUACUCCCCGGAGUGUCAAUUAUGCCACUGACUGUGCACUUCUUCAGAGUGCCGUACGAGAGGCGUUGCAAUCGCCGGAUGAUCUUGCCUGUCUUCCGAUAUCUCAGGGGGGAUAA